GUCAAAAUUCUUAUUUUCGUUGAAGCAUUUUAUUUACAAAAAUGCUUACGAUUGAAGAGAUUCUAGCAAAAUUUCGAUUUCAACGCAUAUUGUCGAACGAUACUAAGGCAAAAAUAGUUUAUGUUCUCGGCGAAGUUGAAGGGCAAGACUGCAUCCUCUCAUUUGAGAAGACGCAAUAUGAGGAUGCAAUCAUUUCCGAACUUCCAAUAUACGUAGACAAAAGCUCAUUCGUAGAUCUCGUUGAGAACAACAUUUACAGUUGGUGUACCGCUGCUUUAAAGAGUAAUUUGGUAGACACUCGUAUUAAAACCAUAUACCCUGCAACAGACGUUCAUAUUGCGAAAUACGAAGCACAGGCACGCGUCAUGGUUAUUGAAACACCUGCGUUAUACGAAUCUAAUACAAUAGCAUACAUAAAACAAAUACCAGUGAAGCGUAUCCAAUGGGUGCAUAACAUUUUGGAUGGUUCAGCUGAAGCGGACCGUGUUAUUUAUCACGACAAGGAUCCUGGCACAGGUUUUGUUAUAUUGCCUGAUAUGAAAUGGAAUGGUAGCGUUGAAACGUUAUAUUGGGUGGCCAUUGCCAUGCGUUCGGAUAUACUGUCACUGCGUUCUUUACGUAGUGAACAUCUCCCUUUACUUAAAAAACUAAAGCAGAAGAUUUACGAGCUUGUAAAAGAAAAAGCCAACCUAUCACCAAAUCAACUCCGCCUAUUCAUUCAUUAUCAACCUUCCUAUUACCAUUUCCAUGUACAUAUUACAGCUGUUGCUUUUACUGAUGCACCUGGAGUUGUUUCGGGUCAGGCUCAUUUACUUGAUACAGUUAUAAAUAACUUAGAAUUAUACCCAGACUACUACCAAAGAGCUACAUUACCUUUUGUCAUUGGAGAAAGACACCAGUUGCUAACAGACUACAAUUGGGACCAAUAAUCAAAAUUGACGAGUUGAAUAUUUAAUGAAAGAUGUAACUCUAUAGUUUGAAAGAAUAAAAUGUAAAACUGUUCUAUUGUGGUAAAACUUGCUUGAUUAUAAAUUGAACGGCCUUGGAUUCAUUUUUACAGAUCCUAUUACAUCGACUUGCAUCGUUUCUUCUAAAAUCUGAUACAAUCCUUUUUGGUCGGUAUGAAAGAGCGGGAAAAGAGACGACAGCAUACAGAUAUGCAGCUUUUGUACGACCUGAUCACCUAAUCUAUCUCCUUUUAAUUCUGUGGUUUG